AUGUCACCGCAUGCAUCCGAUCCCAUCAACCCCUCCACAACUACCUCCUCAAUCCCACCCCGCAUCCUCAUUAUCGGCGCCGGAUCUCGAGGUAGUCAAUAUUCCCGCUGUGUGCACGAAUCUACCCCGGGUAUCGUCUCUGCAGUCGCAGAACCUAUCCCCUAUAAACGGCAACGCCUUGGUUCGCGCUACAUCUGGGGUUCUGACUCCCCGUCUGAAGGACAAUCAUUUUCCAACUGGAAAGAAUUUCUCUCCUAUGAGCUCGAUCGACGAGCCCGCGCUGCUCGCGGGGAGUCCGUACCACCUGGGGUCGAUGCCGCCUUUAUAUGCGUGCUGGAUGAAAUGCACAAAGAGGUUAUUGUGGGAUUGAAACCAUUGGGCUUGCAUAUUAUGUGUGAGAAGCCGUUGGCGACAACUUUGGAGGAUUGUGUAGAGAUUUAUAGGGCGAUGCUGCCCGAAUAUCCACGGAAUAGACUGCCAGACAAAAUCUUCAGUAUUGGACAUGUGUUGAGGUAUAGUCCGCAUAAUAUGAUGUUGAGGAAGUUACUUUUGGAAGAGAGGGUUAUUGGGGACGUGCUGAGUAUUAACCAUACUGAGCCGGUGGGUUGGUGGCAUUUUACCCAUAGCUAUGUUCGUGGAAACUGGCGCAAAGAAUCCACGACCGCCCCAUCUCUCCUCACCAAAUCUUGCCACGAUAUUGAUCUCCUUCUCUGGCUCCUCUGUUCUCCUCCCCCCUCUGACCCAAUCGCUCCACCCCAUCUCCCCGAAACAAUAACCUCCUCUGGUUCAGUACAGCAAUUCACCCGUACCCGCAAACCCACAGCCGCAGGCACCGCAACAAACUGUCUUUCCUGUCCCAUUGAACCAGAGUGUAAAUACUCGGCCAAAGACAUAUACAUAUCCCCAAAACAUAAAGGACUCAAAGCCCCCAACACCAACUGGCCUGUCGACAUUCUUGUUCCAGACAUCGAAGAUAUCCUUAGUACUUCUGGUCCUCAAGCCGCUGAAUCCGCCGUCCUCUCUGUCUUAUCCAAAGACUACACAUCCUCAACACCUGCCCCCGAGAUCGAAGGCAAAAACUGGUUCGGCCGCUGCGUCUACGAAUCCGACAACACAGUUAACGAUGACCAAUUCGUAACUCUUACAUUUCCUGCCAAUCCUUCUCUCAAUCGCGGAGCUAAACAAGCUUCGUUCCAUAUGGUAUCUCAUACAAAAAAGAUUUGUGAGAGAUAUUCACAUAUAUACGGUAGUGAUGGAGAAAUACAUGCAGAUAGUACGACGAUCACAGUUGAGGACUUCAACACUGGGGAAACAAAGGUUUAUGAGCCGAAAAUCACGGAUAUCAAGAGUGGACAUGGAGGUGGGGAUGAAGGUCUAGUAAAACAGUUUGUGGGUGCUAUAAAUAGUGUCAUGAAUGAGGACGCAGAAGUAGAAGUUGCGCAGAGGAAAUGGGUAGGGUGUAGCUUAGAAGAAGUAAUCCGAAGUCACGCGGUAGUAUUCGCAGCAGAAGAAGCCCGAAAAGACAAAUUAGUAUUGGAUUUCGAAAGUUGGUGGGAACGAGAAGUUGUGGGCAAAUUGAAUGCUUGUGUUGCCUAA